AUGGCCUUUACAAGGCAAACCACGUCGGCUAGCCACGAUGGUGCGAUAACUGCCGUCUCCCAGCCUACGAUCACGACCACAACCACGACCACAAGCAAGAUGACGACCACACCAUACUUCUCCUCGUACGCCUUCGCUCUGCACUCGAUUCCCGCCGCGUGGAUGCUCUCGGUCCCGCCGCACGCGUACCUCUUCUCCAAACUCAUGACGGCGUCCGGGUACGCCUACUCGAACCUGGUGCCGCGGGCACAGCUGACGACGUUGGCGCCAACGCUGCCAAAGGCCACGGCCGACAUGCUCUGGCGUGCGAGAGGGUGCCAUCUGAAUGCAUUGGAGGGGUUUCCGCUGUUUGCGGCUGCAAUGCUCGCAGGGGCACACGCCAAGCUCGACGCCCGCGACCUCAACACCUGCGCGGCGGAGUACCUCGUCGCCCGCACACUUUACAGCGUGCUGUACAUGACGGUGCGCAGCGAGCGGGCCAGCUACCUGCGCUCAGCGGUCUGGGCGUGGAGCGUGGGCAUCCCAGUCUACGUGCUCUGGAAGGCCGGGUGGAGGAUCGUCGACGGCCAUGGGCAAGACCAGGAGCAAGAGCCUGCGCGAGGUGUGGCCGGUGAGAAGGCGAGUCUGUGA